CUAAAAGAUUGAAUCUUUGGAAGAAUGCGUUGAUGAAACCAUGGCUUUUGGGGAGGUUUUGAUAGAUCGAUGUAGAAAUUAGGAGUCGGGGAGGAAGAACUCUCAACCUCGAACUUACCACCAGCAUCAUGCUAACAACCCUCGAAGACAUGUAAAGAUAGGCGCUCCACCAUUUGCAACAUAUACUAUACAUAGAAAGGGACUCUCUAAUCUAGUAACUCAUAAGGCAAUAUUUAGAGAGGAAAUCAUUUGCGGUCUCUACAGGAGAACUCUUUCUCGGACUUGCUUCCAGGAUUAUUAAAAGUACCCAAGUUAAGUAUGAAGGAGGAGGAGAUGAUACUUCUUCAGUCCCAGUAAAUUCAAUUUUUACAGAGAUCCAAAAUGAAGUUGGAAUGGAUAUUGAUGAGGAAUCCGUUUUUACUGGAAGGGUUAGAACAAAUGUGGUGGCUCAAGAACAACCGGUGAUGAUUUGGGACCAAAAGGAUUUUGAGGGAGAUGAACUGAACAGGAAAAAGGCAGGUCUUCUAUUUCCUUAUCAUCUUGGUGUUGCUGAGGACCAGAUUGCUACGCGUGUGGAUAACGAUGCCUCUGCAGUUGUUGCUGAAAACAUGGCAGACAUUACAAAUACCAAUCAGAUCAGUACAAUUACAAAAGAUAUUGAAAAUCAGGCAAUGGGCAUUUUUUUGUUAAAGCAAGUCCAUAACAAAAGAAGCAUUUUGAGAAGGAUGUUAUUAACAAACAAACAAACAUGUAAAAACAAGUACGCCUUAAAUUGCUGGAUCCAAUUGUGUUUAUUAGUUUCAAAGAAUUCUCAAAUGCAAAACGCUCACACCCACUCAAUUUUGUUAAAGCAACAUGUACCAAAAAUAGAAGAGAGGGAAUCUACAUUUUUCGAGCAGCAUAUUGUAACAAAGGAUAUAUUGCAAUUGACGCUAACUUGA